UGUUUAGUGCUAGAACAAACGCGCUAACCGUAGUGAGACGGAGAUUUUUGCAAUCUACGUCAACGGAUUCGUCCAAUUUCGGUUGAUUCGUUGCAGAACGCUGUGUUACGAUGUGGUAUCGGUGUGACAUGACAAACUAAUUGAUACAGUUAAACGCUAAGCUGUGGAUGACGUACGUGCGUAGGUCAUUGAUAUUCUGCCCGCGUAAUUUUGUUCGGCUUCGGUUCAGUCGCGGUAACGAAUCAUCGGUGCUGUUCUAAGCGGCAUACGAUGGAGUGAAGUGUAACUGAAAAUGUGCCCUCCCCUGCGAAUGCUGAAUUCAAAGUUCAAAUUGUUUAUCGGAACCAUGAAAUUGCGUUUAAAAAAUUCAAACCCUCUCUCACAUGCACUUUUUCCUUGCAGUGCGAUAAGUGUAAAGAUUCGCCUUCAAGCUUGGGCUGGGUCAUGGCGACCAAUUACAUCACGACCAUAUCAAAAAAAUACCCCUCCUUUCGAGAUGAACCCUUAAAAACGGUCUACCGGUGGUUGGACGGUAAGCGGCAGGACGAUGGUGCGGAGGGGCUCUGGCGCAUUCACGACACCCUGUACGACUUUACGGACUUUAUCGAGCGUCAUCCCGGUGGCCCUGAGUGGUUGCGCCUAACAAAGGGCACCGACAUUACGGAAGCAUUCGAAACGCACCACAUCACUGUGCGAGCGGAGGGCCUGCUGGGAAAGUACAAGGUGCGCGAGACCACCACAUCGCGAGCGGUUCAACUGACGUUCCGUGACGAUGGGUUUUACCGGACGCUAAAGCGCCGAGUGCGCGACAAGCUGAAGGAUAUCGACUAUCGUCCAGCGCAGCGAUCGAAGCUAAUCAUUGACUCGAUGCUGGCGGCUGCGUUCGGUCUUGCAUUUCUUGCCAUCCGGCUGCACAGCUAUGCACUCGCCACCGUUUCAGGACUGUUCGUUUGCUGGACAAUGAUAAGCGCUCACAACUUCUUCCACCAGCGGGACAAUUGGCGCAUGCUGGCGUUUAAUUUGGCCUUCUCAAGCUACCGUGAGUGGCGUAUUUCUCAUGCAUUAUCGCAUCAUAAUUUUCCGAACUCCAUAUUGGAUUUGGAAAUUUCCUACUUUGAACCGUUCCUGUGCUGGUUACCGAAUCCGUCCAUCAAGAGCUCGGUAAAACGAAUCGCAUCCUGGCUGUAUGGCCCGCUGGUUUAUUCGUUCCUGUUCUACGGCGAAUUUGUUAAGCGUUUGAUAGAAACGUACGAAACGGGAAAGAACACCUUCUUCCUGGACGAUCUUGUGACACUCAUACUGCCGACGUUCAUGUACGUGGUGGGUGCUACCAGCCUGUGGGAAGUGAUCAAGAUGUGGCUGUUCAUCGUGCUUGUCGCUAGCUUUCUGUUUGGUUUGAUCGGCCUGAAUGCGGCCCAUCAUCAUCCGAAGGCCGUGCACGAUGGAGAUCAAAUACCCGUCGAUAUUGAUUUUGCCGUCUAUCAGAUGGCCGCCGUGAUCGAUCGGUCGGAUACGAAAGGAUCACAGUUCAUGGUGCUAACCAGCUUCGGCGAUCACUGUUUGCACCAUCUCUUCCCAACACUCGAUCACGGCAUACUGCCACAGCUGUAUCCGGUGUUUUUCGAAACGUGCCGUGAGUUUGAAACCGUCUACCGGGAACUACCUUGGCUGCAGCAAAUCAUAGGCCAGCAUAAACAGCUGGCACGCGUCGAAACGAUGACGUACAAACCGUCGGAAAAAUUCAUUUAAUUCUAGCGAAAGUAGCACCUAGAACCAAAGAUAGUAGAAAUAAUUGCUAGCAAAAAUGAUUGUUGCAGCAGUUAAUGACUAGCAAUACUUUGUACUUGAUUGUGAUUGUUUGUAGAACGUGUAAAUGAAGAUGGUUCGUAAAUCCUAUUUUUUAUUUUGGAAAAGUAAAUGAAAAUAAAGUGCUAAUGGGGACUGCAUAAAUGGCAAAAAAACUGAAUUUUAUGUAACUUUAUAAUGCUUGAGUUGAUUUUACUUUCAUACUGACUUUUUACAGAAGAAAUUUGUUAUCUUACUCGAUGGUA